AUGAAGAACCCAACAGCGCUUGUGCUUGCCGUSGCCUUACUGGCUUCCUUGGCAGAGGCCUCUCCGAUUGUGAGCGAAAAACAGGCCAAACAGCUCCUGAGAUCCCGGCGACAGGACAGGCCCAGCAAACCUGGAUUCCCCGACGAGCCAAUGCGGGAGUACAUGCAUCACCUGCUGGCCCUGGAGCACCGUGCUGAGGAACAGUUUCUGGAGCACUGGCUGAACCCUCACUGCAAGCCCCACUGCGACAGGAACAGGGUCCACCCUGUGUAAGGGCGUGCGUGGGCCAGCCCCGGAGUGGCCCGGCUUCUGUUGGAGCCAGCAGCAUCUUGAUGAGUCAUGACCUGGAUAAUACUGCAACUGGUCAAAGCUUCUCUUCCUUUUGAUUUUGAACUCAGAAAUGGUUGUCUUCACUCCUCAUGGGCUUGGGGCCCCUGUGGGGAAGCCAAAAGUUGCUUUGGGGAUGAAUGGCGAGUAUAUAGUCUGCUUCAUUGUACUAACCUUCAGAAAUCAUUAGAACGAAUAGCUCAAGGUGCAGAGCCCCUGCAGGCCUUCCUACCUGUUCUUAAGUGUGGGCAGAGCUGAUGGGUGGGUCCUGUAGAGGGGGAGUCGGGCAGGCUGACUGCGCUGAA